AUGGAUCGUGCUGAGCAAUUGUGGAUCAUACAGAGCCAGCAUGAAAGCUUUGGAGAAGAUAUAGCCAGAAUCGAAACGAACAAGCCGAUCGAGAAAUGCAGCAAGCUUAAGAACUUAUGCUCGUAUAUAGACGACAGUGGAGUUUUGCGACUGAAAGGAAGAGCAAGGGUGGUUCAAGACGUAGACACGGGUACACUUGAUCCUGUACUGCUGGACGGAAAGCACCAGUACACGCGAUUAAUGAUACGUCAUUACCAUGAAAAGGCCUUCCAUGGGAAUACCGAAACCGUCGUGAACGAUCUGAGACAGAAGUACUGGGUGAUAAAUCUGCGAUCAACUGUCAAGGCUGUUCAACACAGCUGUUUGAUUUGUCGUCAACGAAAAUCUCAGCCUUUACACCCCCCUACAGGAGACUUACCAUUAGCGAGAUUAGCUCAUCAUCACAGAGUAUUCGCACACUGUGGGCUGGAUUACUUUGGUCCCAUGACUGUUACGAUCGGGAGACGGCACGAGAAACGAUACGGUGCACUGUUCACGUGCAUGACGACCAGAGCGGUGCACAUCGAGUUGGCCGGCAGCUUGACUACUGACUCGGCCAUCAUGGCGCUGAGACGCAUGAUGAACCGGAGGGGAAACCCAAAGGUCAUUUAUUCCGAUAACGGAACCAACUUCCGAGGCGCGAACACUGAACUUAAAAGGGUACUGAAGGAGGUAGAUCAAUCGGAAGUAUCGAAAUUUUUGACCAAUGAAAGGAUCGAGUGGCGAUUUAAUCCACCGCUGGCUCCGCACAUGGGCGGCUGCUGGGAGAGAUUAGUGCGGAGCGUUAAAACAUCGCUGAAAACGGUCCUCAACGAGCAAGCACCAAAGGAGGAAACGCUGAUGACAUUGCUGACAGAGGUUGAGCACACGCUGAACUCACGUCCCUUGACGCACGUCUCUGUGUCGGAGAGUGAUCCAGAAUCUCUUACACCUAAUCAUUUUCUUAUGGGUGGACCAUCUAAUGUACCCUGGUUGGCCAAGCGUAGCGUGGGACGCCCUUCGGUCCGCUGGACCGACGACCUCAGACAAGUGGCAGGUGGUAGCUGGAUGAAGAAGCCCGAGGACAAGGGUAUUGUGGCGCUACUUGGGAGUGGCCUUUAUCCAGCAGUGGGCUGA